AUGCGCCUCCUAAUCACUACCAUAACAACCGCCUUUUUGAUAUCCAGUGCUGUCGGGGACGAAGCGCAACUCAAGAGAGUGCUGGUGCAGGAUGAAUCUUCCAGUCACAAUACCGUUAUGCAUGCCGCCGUACAGGAUCAAAUCACAGACUCUUUAGGUGUUGACAACACGGCGAGCAGCAUUGGUGGUUUUGACGCCUUUAAUGAUUUCCUAGUUAAGCGUCAUAUGGAUAAGCCUUCGGAACUUGUUUUCAGCUGUGUAACUGGUCAAAAUAAAACAAUAACUGCGAAGUUCGGGAUGGUUAUAGAUUCUCUUACCCAUGCCUGCAAGGCUAUCGGCGAGCCGGGUAAAGUUCGAGCGAAGUGGCCAUAUCCCGCGACAAUUGAGACCGAUAAAUAUGAAGAGCACGGUCCCUACUUUGUGUGGAAAGUCGGAUAUAGACCUCCAACCCAGAAACGAUUGGCUCUAGCGAGUAACGAAAAAAAGAGCGACGCAGAAACUCCUCACAUUAUCGCAACUUACAAUUGUGAUCUGCUUGAUGUAGUAACCGAAGAUCUUAUCAAUGGCAAAUAUGAGUAUUGCAAAAGAGAAUGGGUCGAAAUCUAG